AUGAAGGUCACCCUGGUGGGGCAGCGGGCCCCGCCAGGCCAGCUGGCCGACGACGGGGAGGGCGCCCGGGCGGCCUUCUUGCGGCUGCUGGCGGAGAAGUGGCCCACCCUCGCCAGGCCCACCCUCGCGGAGCGGCGCCAGCUGGAGACGCCGCCAGGCUUCUUGGAGUUCGUCGCCCGCGCCGGGUGUGGACGCGCGGGACUUUGCCCCAGCGUGCGUGACGCGCCUCGAGAACAGGACCGACGUGAUCAAAUCCCAGUUCACCGCCAACGCCAACCACCGCAAGAACGAGCCCCCGCAGCACCCGCGCUCGGACGAGCCUUCCACGGCCCGCUUCGACGCGACGAGGUCUGGGGCCUGCCCGCCAGGGCCACUGUCCACGGCUUCGUGCAAAUCGGUGGCGUGUGGUUCAUGGUGUUGAAGGCGCACGGAUGCCUAGCAGCUCCACGUGGCCGCUUGGCGCAGGCAUGUAUCCCGGCAACUUGA